AUGAGAUGGCGACGCGCCCCGCACCGCUCCGGGAGUGCCGGCCCUCGGGUCCCGCGCCUCGGCCCCCUCGCGCGCUCGCAGCCGCCGCUGCUGCCGCUGCUGCUACUGUGGACUGCGGCCCUGGCGCCGGGGGCGGCCGCCGGCGACGAAGUGCCUCCCGCGGGGGCCUCGGUGUGCUACUCGUCCCCGCCCAGCGUGGGCUCGGUGCAGGAGCUGGCUCAGCGCGCCGCGGUGGUGAUCGAGGGAAAGGUGCACCCGCCGCGGCGGCAGCAGGGGGCACUCGAAAGGAAGGCGGCGGCGGGCGAGGCAGGGGCGUGGGGAGACGAGCGUGAACCUCCAGCCGCGGGUCCAGGAGUGCUAGGGCCGCCCGGUGAGGACCCACUGCCCAUCGCCAACAGGACUGUGUCCUCCUGGCCCACAGUCCUAGCGCCCCGCGUCGGCGAUCCCGGGGAAGAGGCGCCUUAUCUGGUGAAGGUGCACCAGGUGUGGGCGGUGAAAGCCGGGGGCUUAAAGAAGGACUCGCUACUCACGGUGCGCCUGGGGACCUGGGGCCAUCCCCCUUACCCCUCCUGCGGGAGGCUCAAGGAAGACAGCAGGUACAUCUUCUUCAUGGAGCCUGAUACCAACAACAGUAACCGCACGCCAGCCGCGUUCAGAGCGUCUUUUCCCCCUCUGGAGACCGGCCGGAAUCUCAAGAAGGAGGUCAGCAGGGUGCUGUGCAAGCGGUGUGGUAAGUUCCUCACCCCUGGGGGCAUGCUUCGACCGGGCAAGGAGGGUGCGAGCCCGGCAUGGCUGCGCACUCACCCGGGGCGGCGGGCGCCGCGAGUUCGACGGCCAAGGAACGGACGACAGACGAGGUAG